CAGUCUUCUACCUUUGCAGUCGCAUAGAUCAUGACUGCGAUAGAGCUGUUGACUCAUCCUAUCGCUCUCGGUGUAGUCGCCAUUCUGGUUGCUAGCGCUGCAAUGGGCUUAUUUUCGUCCAACAAGCAUUUCCCCGUCGAGGGUCGAACGGUCUUGAUUACGGGUGGCUCAAGUGGUAUGGGAAGAGCACUGGCAAAGAAAUUGGCUCAGCGGGGUGCGAAUGUCUGCAUCGUCGCAAGAAAUCAGUCAAAGCUAGACGAAACCAUCGAGUACAUCAAGACACACGCCAGAAGUCCCGACCAACGCUUCCUAGCCAUCAGCGCCGAUUGCACCUCUGCCACCGAAAACUCCCGCCUCCUCGACGAGGUCACAUCGUGGAACAACGACGAGUCUCCUGACAUCGUCUGGGCCAAUGCGGGAUCCUCAAGUCCCGGCCUCUUUCUCGACACUCCCUUGGAAACACAUCGCGCCCAGAUGGACAUGAACUACUGGGCCUCCUUCUACCUCGCUCACGCAACUCUCAAACGCUGGCUCGCUCCUACCACCGAAAAGAAGCUCCAACAAAGACCCAGACACUUCGUCAUGACAGCUAGUACUCUUGCUUUCGUAGGCGUGGCAGGAUAUACUCCCUACGCUCCUGCAAAAGCUGCCCUAAAGUCCCUGGCCGACUCUCUGCGCAUGGAGCUGAACAUGUACAAUGCCACCAUCGACUCCCCCCAUCCUUCUCCCGCCGCAGCCACAAACAUCCAUUUGGUCUGCCCGGGCACAAUUUUGUCUCCUGGCUACGAGAACGAAAACAAGUCAAAACACGCCAUCACAAAGGGCCUCGAGUCUGGCGACCCUAAACAGUCGGAAGACAGCGUUGCAGAUGCCGCACUGAAGGGCUUGCAAAGAGGUGACUACAUCAUCACCACACAAUGGCUGGGUCAUGCUAUGAGGGUGUCUGCUCUCGGCGGUUCACCCAGAAACGGAUGGGGUGUUGUGGAUGUUUUGUUUUCCUGGCUGACUUCGCUUGCUUGGUUGUUCAUCGCUCCUGAUAUGGAGACUCAGGUGUGGAAAUAUGGCAAGGAGCAUGGAUCUGCGUGAUUCUUGGUUUGGUCAAAAGUCUGCUUGAUUUCUUUGUUGUAUGAUACCCUUCGUGCUUGAACAUAUCCUGACACCUGCUUCCAACAUGAUACUAUUUGCUUAACACUCUUGGAAUCUCUCGAUCGUAUCUCUCAUCACUUGCUCGAUAGUCUUGAUACUGUCAACAUCCACCCACUCGUCCUUACCAUGUAGCCCCUCGCCCACAGGCCCAAAGAUUAGGGAAGGAAUACCCGCUUCACUCAACAAAGCAGCAUCAGUCCAGAACUUUGCCGCCGUAGACUUGACGUCCCCCCUUCCUCCGACGCUAGCAAUCGCUGCCUCUGUCGCAGCAAGCAGAGGAUGAGACUCCUCCAUUGGCAACAACGGUGCACGUUCAAACAACAAUCUCGGCUCUUUGAACCUAAACUUCUUA